AUCGCACUGAAAGUCCUGCCUAUCCCAUCUCCUCAUUGGUUUAUAGAAGCAGGUACCCACGUGCCAUCUCCUCAUUGGUUAUACCCACGUGGGUGACUGAAAGACGAACAAGGUCAGUGGUGGAAAUGCACCUAAUUUGUGAAAGUUGCCAAUUGCAAUAAAAGCCUGGAAGGAGGAGAGAUGACUAGAAAUUAUUUGGUUGACCGUUUUAUGUGUGGAUUAAUUAUCGGAGUAGAGGACCUUGUGCAUUUCAGGUAAAAUAACAACUCAAUGUUUAUAUCCCAGGACAAAUUAGCUAGCAACAGCAAGCUAGCUAAAUAGGACAAAUUAGCUAGCAAGUGCAAGAUAGCAAGCUAAAUUGCUAUAAAUGUUUAAUGAUUUUCGACCUGUCCCCAAAUUAAUGUAAUUGAUUCAGAGUUUGUUUUGAUAUUUUAGCCUGCGUGUCGUGAUCGCGUUUGGUGUGGGGGGACAAAAUACAUUUCUGCACGAUGGCACACAAUGGUGAGCGCGCGCAGCCGGUUUGUGUUCCGUGUAGUUGACUGUCUUUAAACAGCUUGGGAAAUUCCAUAAAAUGAUGUCAUGGCUUUAGAAACUUCUGAUAGGCUAAUUGACAUCAUUUGAGUCAAUUGGAGGUGUACCUGUGGAUGUAUUUCAAGGCCUACCUUCAAACUCAAUGCCUCUUUGUUUGACACCAUUGGAAAAUCAAAAGAAAUCAGCCAAGACCUCAGAAAAAAAUGGUAGACCUCCACAAGUCUGGUUCAUCCUUGGAAGCAAUUUGCAAACGCCUGAAUGUACCACGCUCAUCUGUACAAACAAUAGUACACAAGUAUAAACAGCAUGGGACGACGCAGCCGUCAUACUGCUCAGGAAGGAGACGCGUUCUGUCUCUUAGAGAUGAACGUACUUUGGAAAUGUCCUCUGGUCUGAUGAAGCAAAAAUAGAACUGUUUGGCCAUAAUGACCACCGUUAUGUUUGGAGGAAAAAGGGGGAGGCUUGCAAGCCUAAGAACACCAUCCCAACUGUGAAGCACGGGGGUGGCAGCAUCAUGUUGUAGGGGUGCUUUGCUGCAGGAGGGACUGGUGCACUUCACAAAAUAGAUGGCAUCAUGAGGAAGGAACAUUCUGUGGAUAUAUUGAAGCAACAUCUCAAGACAUCAGUCAGGAAGUUAAAGCUUGGUCGCAAAUGGGUCUUCCAAAUGGACAAUGACCCCAAGCAUACUUCCAAAGUUGUGCAAAAUGGCUUAGGGACAACAAAGUCAAGGUAUUGGAGUGGCCAUCACAAAGCCCUGACCUCAUCCUAUAGAACAUUUGUGGGCAGAACUGAAAAAGUGUGUGCGAGCAAGGAGGCCUACAAACCUGACUCAGUUACACCAUCUCUGUCAUGAGGAAUGGACCAACAUUCACUCAACUUAUUGUGGGAAGCUUGUGGAAAGCUACCUGAAACGUUUGACCCAAGUUAUACAAUUUAAAGGCAAUGCUACCAAAUACUAAUUGAGUGUAUGUAAACUUCUGACCCACUGGGAAUGUGAUGAAAUAAAUCAUUCUCUCUACUAUUAUUCUGACAUUUCACAUUCUUAAAAUAAAGUGGUGAUCCUAACUGACCUAAGACAGGGAAUCUUUACUAGGAUUAAAUGUCAGGAAUUGGGAAAAACUGAGUUUAAAUGUAUUUGGCUAAGGUGUAUAUAAACUUCCGACUUCAACUGUAUAUGGAUGAGCAUUGACCGAGCGGCAUAGGCAAGAUGCAAUAGAUGGCAUAAAAUACAGUAUAUACAAUGAGAUGAGUAAUACAAGAUAUAUAAACAUUAAUGAAGUGGCAUUAUUAAAGUGACUACUGAUACAUUUAUUCAAGUGGCCAAUUAUUUCAAGUCUGUAUGUAGGCAGCAUCCUCUCUGUGUUAGUGAUGGCUGUUUAACAGUCUGAUGGCCUUGAGAUUGAAGCUAUUUUUAAGUCUCUCGGUCCCAGCUUUGAUGCACUAAAUAUUCCAUAUAAGUCCACAACAACAAAUAGGAAUAGCUGAUAGGCAGCGGAGAGGCCAAGUGUGUCAUCACGCAUGAUAGAACAAUGAAGACAUGAGACACACGCAGCUAAAAAAGCUCCCCUAUUGAUCUUGUUUAAGAACAGUACAAUUAUCCUACCUAGACUAGCCUACAACACCACAAUGCAAUUAAUAAUUGUAUUAUUGUUUAACAAUUGUAUUAUUAUUGUUUUGAAUGUGUCAUUCUAUUUGGAUUAGUUGUGGGUCUACUCUCGACAGUUUAUAAGGUCUAGAAAGGCACCGUAGCAGGCCAGUCUGGCUGUAUUUUUACUUCUGAUACUGAAGUAAAUCUGCUGCAGAUUCUCCCAAGUCAUCCUGUAAUUAUGUGGCCAUAUACAGCACCAGUCAACAGUUUGGACACACCUACUCAUGAUUCCUACUCAAGGGUUUUUCUUUAUUUUUUAUAUUUUCUACAUUAUAGAAUAAUAGUGAAGACAUCGAAACUGUGAAAUAACACAUAUGUAAUCAUGUAGUAACCAAAACAGUGUUAAACAAAUCUAAAUAUAUUUUAUAUUUGAGAUUCUUCAAAGUAGCCACCGUUUGCCUUGGUGACAGCUUUGCACACUCUUGGCAUUCUCUCAACCAGCUUCAUGACGUAGUCACCUGGAAUGCAUCUCAAUUAACAGUUGUGCCUUGUUAAAAGUUAAUUUGUGUAAUUUCUUUAUUCUUAAUGCGUAGGUGUGGUAUACAGAAGAUAGCCCUAUUUGGUAAAAUACCAAGUCCAUAUUAUGUCAUGAACAGCUCAAAUAAGCAAAGAGAAAUGACAGUCCAUCAUUACUUUAAGACAUGAAGGUCAGUCAAUCUGGAAAAUGUCAAGAAUUUUGAAAGUUUCUUCAAGUGUAUUCGAAAAAACAUCAAGAGCUAUAAUGAAGCUGGCUCUCAUGAGGAACACUCAGAGUUACCUCUGCUGCAGAUGAUAAGUUAAUUCGAGUUAACUGCACCUCAGAUUGCAGCCCAAAUUAAAUGCUUCAAAGUGUUCAAGUAACCGACACAUCUCAACAUCAUCUGUUCAGAGGAGACUGCGUGAAUCAGGCCUUCCAUGGUUGAAUUGCUGCAAAGAAACCACUACUAAAGGACACCAAUAAUAAGAAGAGACUUGCUUGGGCCAAGAAACACGGGCAAUAGACAUUAGACCAGUGGAAAUCUGUCCUUUGGUCUGAUGAAUCCAAAUUGGAGAUUUUUUGGUUCCAAACGUUACAUCUUUGUGAGACGCAGAAUAGGUGAACGGAUGAUCCCCGCACGUGUGGUUCCCACUGUGAAGCAUGGAGGAGGAGGUGUGAUGGUACUUUGCUGGUGACACUGUCUGUGAUUUAUUUAGAAUUCAAGGCACACUUAACCAGCAUGGCUACCAAAGCAUUCUGCAGCGAUAUGCCAUCUCAUCUGGUUUGUGCUUAGUGGGACUAUCAUUUGUUUUUCAACAGGACAAUGACCCAAUACACUUCUAGGCUGUAUCAGGGCUAUUUGACCAAGAAGGGGAGUGAUGGAGUGCUGCAUCAGAUGACCUGGCCUCCACAAUCACCCAACCUCAACCCAAUUCGGAGGGUUUUGGAUGAGUUGGACCGCAGAGUGAAGGAAAAGCAGCCAACAAGUGCUCAGCAUAUGUGGUAACUCCUUCAAUACUGUUGGAAAAGCAUUCCAGGGCGUGAGCGGAAUGUCCGUGGAUGAGAAGCCUGAAGCCCCCAUGUACGUGUAUGAGUCGACGGUUCAUUGUACCAAUAUCCUCCUGUGCCUGAACGACCAGCGGAAGCAGGAUAUCCUGUGCGAUGUGACUGUCCUGGUGGAGGGCAAGGAGUUCCGCGGCCACCGGGCCGUGCUGGCCGCCUGCUCAGAAUACUUCUUGCAGGCUCUGGUGGGACAGGCCGAGAAUGACUUGGUCCUCAGCCUACCUGAGGAGGUCACUGCCAGGGGAUUCGCCCCAUUGUUGCAGUUUGCCUACACUGCUAAGCUGUUACUCAGCAGAGAAAACAUCCAGGAGGUCAUCCGCUGUGCCGAAUUCCUGCGCGUGCACAACCUGGAGGACUCAUGCUUUCGCUUCCUGGAGGCCCAGCUCCGCAGUGAGGAGGAUGGCCUGCUGCUGUGCCACAAGGUGGCGCCGGCCGAGGGCAACCACAAGGCCGAGGACGAGAACAUGCAGUCUGAGACGACAACAAAGGCAGCCUCCCCCCGGGCACGCCGGCGCUCUGAAGCCCUUUCCUCCUUGCGGCGCGCCCCGGACAAGGACCGGCUACCCGUGGCGGUGCCCAGUGACUUCAGCAACGUACGACUGGACUUCGACAGACACGGAGCAUCCGACCUCCCCCGCUGCCCCAAAUACAGGAAAUACCAGUGGGCCUGCAACAAGCACAAUAACGACACCUCCUCACACACCAGUACCUCAGGUUUACCAAGCACAUUAUUAUUAAAGGAGACAAGCGGUGGCAUCAGUUGCGGGGCGGUCCGGGGCCAGAGCAUGUCGCCGGUGGCAGACAUCAAAGUGGAGCCGCGGGCAGAGGAAGAGGCCAUCUCGCUGUGCCUGUCAGGGGACGAGCAGGGCGGCCUGGACAAGGAGACAGGCAUGGAGAUGGACAGUGUCCCAGUGUUGUCCACCUCCUCCGCCAAGAGGAGCAAGUCCCCCACCUGCCUCCGCGCCUUCUUCAAAAAAGGAGCAGACCUGCCGGGUCUGCCCAAUGUGUCGCAGCAGCUAUUUGCCAACAGACUCGCCAGCGUCUGCCCCCAAGACAAAGGAACCACUCUGGGAGAUCACAAAACAAAAGACUUCAGGCCUCUCACUGCUGGGGAGUUGGGCCUGUCUGUUACAUCCCUGAAGGAGGUAGACGGCUUCCCUCUGAGGCUCUCGCCGCUGAACUCCACCUCCUGCGACGGCGACUGCAAACAGGAAGUGGAGAUGGACCGCCGCAGUGUCAUCUUUUCCUCCUCAGGGGCCUGUGACCGUCUGGGCUCCCCGGCGCAUUCCUACCCCGGCGGGAGCUCUUUGGAGAUGGAGCUCUCGGAGCACACGCCAAUGGGCCUGUGGGCUGGUGCCAGCCAGUCCCUUCCCAGCUCCCAGACCUACUCCCCGAGCAGUGCCCCCUCCUUCGCCUCCGCCACCACCGAGCCCCCGCCGGUCCUCUGUCGCCCGCUGCCAAACACCAGCUGCCCAGUGCCAAUCAAGGUGUGCUCGCGCUCUCCGCCCUCUGAGACCCGCACACGGACCUCCAGCUCCUGCUCCUCCUACUCCUACGCGGAGGACGGGAGCGGCGGCUCACCCUGCAGCCUGCCCCAGUUUGAGUUCUCCUCCUCGCCGUGCUCCAACGUGGCGCUCCGCCUCGCCGCCGACCAGCAGGAACAGGGCGUGAUGGGGGGGGACACCCUCUUCAACCAGGUUCGCCCCAAGAUCAAGUGCGAGCAAUCGUACGGCACCAACUCCAGUGACGAGUCGGGAUCCUUCUCCGAGGGUGACAGCGAGUCGUGCCGAGUCGAUCAAGGGCGAGAGGUAAAACUUCCUUUCCCUGUUAAUCAAAUCACAAAUCUUCCACGGAACGACUUCCAAAUGAUGGUAAAAAUGCACAAACUGACUUCAGAGCAGCUGGAGUUCAUCCAUGACAUCAGGCGGCGGAGUAAGAACCGCAUCGCAGCGCAGCGUUGUCGCAAGAGGAAGCUUGACUGCAUCAUGAACCUGGAGUGCGAGAUCAGAAAACUGGUGAACGAGAAGGACAAGCUGCUGACGGAGAGGAACCAGCUGAAGGAGUGUAUGGGCGAGCUGUGGGAGAACUUCUCCUGUCUGUCCCAGGAGGUCUGCAGGGACAGACAGCUGAGUCCGGAGCAGGUCCAGUCCCUGAACCACCACUGCCCUGUCCUGAAGCCCAGCACCACCAACACCACCACCACUGCCAGCAAUGCUGCCUCCAACAGCAUUGACCUCAUCACCCACUCCAGCUCAGCCACCCCGGAGCCCAGCUUCCUCAAGUCCUCCGGGCCCUCGGAGAGCGAGCCUGAUUGGGCCAUGGGAAAUGGGGCUGAUGGGGGGCCAGGUAGCAAUGAGGCAGAGGGCCAGGAGCCACGUUUAUACAUGGAGUCGGGGCUCUCGUUCAAUGAACAGUCCAAUCAGACGGUGACGGUAGACUUCUGCCAGGAAAUGACUGAUAAAUGUACAACUGACGAACAGCCGAGAAAGGACUGUACUUAGUAAACUGUGGUUUUAAUAUAUGUUUUUUAUUAUUUAAUUUCUAGUUUUUAUUUUCUUCUGACAAACCCCUUCCUCUGGGUUGGUGAGAUGUUCAGCCUCUACCAGUGUUCUUUAAACAACAUGUUUGUUUUUAUUUAUGUAUUUUUGUUGUCUUUUUAUAGGUUGACACUACAGUUGUCUUAACAGCAAUACUGUUCUCCAGGUAUUCUCCUCUCUGUAACCAUGACAGAGAGGAGGGACUUCCCACACAAAACUCCGCUCACAAUGGUGCUCCACCAUGCCCCGUCAGGAAGCAACCUCUACAGUGGACACACUGUUCUCUAUCUAUACAGUCUACUCACAGGGAUGGGCAAAGAUCACAUCUUCAAUUCAAACCUCAAUGGACCUAACAGCAGCUCUCUUUGUCUCUUGAUCUGCCUAGUUUCUAUCUCUCUGUCUCUCUCUUUCUUUGUCUCUCUAUUUCUCUCUCUCUCCUACUCUGUCUAUUUUCCUAUCACUAUUUCUACAUCUAACACUUCCUCUCUAUUUCUCUAUCUCACUAUCUUUCUAAUUCUCUCACUCUCUCUUGUGGCCCUUGUCACAGCAAUUCAAACUCAGGAAAAUAUCUUCUGAAUGUUCAACAUGAUUCAUGGAAAUAAGUAUACAGCUUCUGUAUAUGAGAGGUUUCUGAAGCAGACUGUAAAUGUUCAUAUGCAAAAAUGUCUUUUGUACAGCAAAACGAUGUGUACAGACAGUACCUUAACAUUCCUUCUUUGCCUUCCUCAGCACUGAAACGCAAGAGAAAACGAAUGAUUUGGCAGGUGGUUCCCAAAUAGCUAUGUUCCUACACAUCAGCAAAAUCAUUGUAUUUGGAUGUUGUAAUGGUAACUUUCAAGUGCUUGCUUGGGCAGAACAUAAUAACGUAUAAUGCAUGGCGCAUGGUGACUGUCACAGUAAUAUUGUACAGGUAGUGGCUUAGACAUUUAUUUUUCACUGGGGUUAUAUCAAGUACCUUUUUGCUAAGGGAAAAUAUUUGCUUAGCUUUUUCCUGAUUAAAGGAAAAUUCCCCAUAAGGGUGGAUGUUCUUAAACUCAGGAAAUCAGCUUGACACACACAUUGUGUGUGUGUAUAUAUAUCACACACACACACACACACACACACACACACACACACACACACACACACACACACACACACACACACACACACACACACACACACACACACACACACACACACACACACACACACACACACACACACACACACACACACACACACACACACACAGAUGUUGCUGGCGAGGACAGUGUAAAGUAUGUUAUUAAUCCCUGGCUUGAGCAACAUCCAUUCAAACUUUGACACCUCUUCAAAUGUGAAAAAUAGUUUAGGCUUGUUGUGUUUUUAAGGAAACUUUCUUUCUUUUUAUCAGUAUUUAAAGAUGCUUUAUGUAUGAUGGUGAACCCUCUCCCAGACACCCAUUGAAUAUCUUCAGUGUUAUGUUUCAAUGUUGUCGAGAAGUUUGAUAGUAGACACCUUUUCAAGCUGAGGGACAGAUAUUCUGUCUGUAACAAAAAAACAUACACAAAAUAUUUAUAUUUGACUAUGGAUACUUUCUCCAAUGAAUCUGGGCUCAAGAUCAGGCACUUUCCUUCCAGCACCAGACACUCCAUUGCAACUAGAUCCUAUAGCACUUCAUAGAGGGUCUACGUCAGGUUCAGAACCCUGAAAACACUGAUACUGAAGCACUUGAAUUGGCACUUAAAUUAAAACAUCUUAUUGAUAUAAAUAUAUCUAUGAAGACAUUACAUUCAAAAACCUAAAGCAAUCAGAUGUAUUAUCAAAAAGGAAGCCAACAUAACAUUUAGAGAGUGUUCACAUCUUAUAUUUGUAUUUCUUUAAGAAUUGAAUCAUUUAUUUGGGACUUGAGUUCAUGUGAAAGCAUGAUAUAGUAACAUGUUUGCCCUGAUUGUACAUUUGUUGAAAACAUAAUAUUCUGUGAUGUGAAUGCAUGCUGCCUGUAUAUUUUACCUAGUUAUUUUGUCUAGCUUAUGUUUGCUUCUAACAAUAGUGCUCAGCUAAAUUAUUUAGUCCAUCUUUUGAUGAACAAUAUUUAAGCAAUAAGGCACCUCGGAGUUUUGUGAUAUAUGGCCAAUAUACCAGAGCUAAGGGCUGUUCUAAGGGCUGUUCUUAGGCACCCCCGAGGUGCCUUAUUGCUAUUAUAAACUGGUUCCCAAUGUAAUUAGAACAGUAAAAUGAAAUGUUUUGUCAUAGCCAUGUUAUACGGACUGAUAUACCAUGGCUGUCAGCCAAUCAGCAUUUAGGGCUCGAACCACCCAGUAUAUAAUUACAUUUAUAACAUAAAUAUACAGAAAUAAUCUUCGUAUCUGUUGAACAGGGAUGUGCUUGAAAAUACAAAAAAUGCGAAAUAGAGACAGAAGCUGUCUUUACAGUGAGUGAAUUCAAUUGGAAUAAAAAGCUUUACUCAUAGCUUUAACUUCAUUCAGGAUGAAAAACUAUACAGUGUCGGAAAGAGCGAUAUUAUAAACUGAGUGGUUUGAGCCCUGAAUGCUGCUUGGCUGACAGCCGUUGUAUAUCAGACCGUAUACCACGCGUAUGACAAAACAUGUACUUUAACUGUUCUAAUUACGUUGGUAACCAGUUUAUAAUAGCAAUAAGGCACCUUGGGGCUUUGAGGUAUAUUGCCAAUAUACCACGGCUAAGGGCUGUGUCCAGGUACUCGGCGUUGCGUCGUGCAUGAGCCCAGCCCUUAGCCAUGAUAUAUCGGCUAUAUACCCCCCCCCCCCCGUGCCUUAUUGCUUAAAUAUACACUUUGAUGACUGUCUGCAAAUUCUUCUUGGCGUUACCCUGUUGCACCCUCUUGGACACAGCUGUGUAAUACUCUAGUCUUGACUGAUAUCGAAAGCUGUUGUGAUAUUAGAGUGUAGCUUUGUAGAGUAUGUCUGUGUUUGGCAGUGUGCUAGUCUGAUUAUUUGACCAUUUAGAUAAGUUUCCCUAAGAUUUUAGUUAGAUCCGUAUACAGUCAUACUUAGACAACUAAAACAUGCACCCAAAUAUUAAUACACACAGGAUGCAUGUCCAAUGACGUCUGUUCCCCGGGCGCCGAUGACGUGGAUGACGAUUAAGGCAGCCCCCCGCACCUCUUUGAUUCAGAGGGGUUGGGUUAAAUGCGGAAGACACAUUUCAGUUGAAUGAUUUCAGUUGUUCACCUGACUAGGUAUCCCCCCUUUCCUUAUGUAAGGAAGGAGUGUAGAGCAGUUGUAAUUGUUGUUUGCGAGGUUCUUCUUCCACUUUGGCUUUUCUCUGAUUCAUAUGCUAUCACUGUAUUGGAACAAUAUACAUCAGUCUCCAUUAUCAGGUACAAAACAGGAAACACAUUUGUCAAAUCAUAUGCAAUUCCUACCCAAUAAAUGUACCUUUUCUUUCUCGUUUUCGACAUAAAAGUGGAAAGCAUAAUGGUCCACCAGAAAGCACACUCUCAUUAGGCUACACUUUGACAAUGUGGGGGAAAAUGGAUUGAAAUUCAAAAAGUUUCUAUUGUCCUCGGCACAUCAAAGCUAUAUCAACAGAUAUCUUUCAAUAUCUGUUGUUAGAUGGCCUUAUAAUGCUAUUAUGAUUAAUAUCGAUGUUAUUCUUUGGAUAGCAAUGAGUGCAUAGCCUAAUUCUGGUUUGUACUGUACGUACAAUAAUUCAUCAUUGUUUAUUCUCUACCUAGAGCAACAAGAUUGAUAUACAGUAAAGGUUGGUGGAUGCAGAUAGAAGCCCACUGGGCACAGACAUUAUUUCAACGUCUAGUUUUGAUAUACAUUUGGUUGAGUUGUCGACUAAGGUAAAUGCAAUGUGUAAUCAAUAAAAAAGUUGACCAUGUCAUUGGAUUUAGGUUAAAAGCUGGGUGAAAAAUUUACAAAAUUCACUUAUGUUGAUGACUUUUUGCAAAUCCAAUCAGUUUUCCACAUUGAUUCACUGUCAUCACAUUUAAUUGUUGUGUUGUAAUUACGUGUAAAGAACAUUGAUGCAACCAGUUUUUGCCCAGUGGGAGGUGAUACAAAGUAAUGAGGGGUUUUUAAUGUAGCUCCUUACGCCGGUCAAUUGCCAGUCCAGACCUCUUAGCUCUCUAGUUCUGAGAGAGCUACUCCAUGCUUGCUAUGCUGUAUGGGGUGUUACUAUGGUGACCAAUGGUUGAAAGUAGUACAUGGUCGGGUCAUCUCUACAGUUACCUCAAGCAUUACGGGUCAAAUAAGCUUGUUGUGUGUCAUCAUCUCAUUCACAGAGAUUUGUCUGGUUGACCUAAACCAGGACUAGUCAUUGGUCUUGUAUAUCGUCUCAGGGUGCCAAGCAUUUUAUUUCUCCAUUUCUGAAUCUGUAGCAGACUUUUGUAUUUUAGCUGGUUUCUGGCUUUGUUUGAGUGUCUGAAAGUUUAGCUCACUUCUAACCUCUGGUCUUAUACUCCUGAAGCUAAUUUCUACAAAUGCGGAAUAAUAAGCUUUGCACAAUACAGAUCAAACUCAUUAAGAGCUGCAGAGAGAGUACUCAAUACAUUGGAGUAAACAUACAUAUAUAUUUGAAUUCUGUUUUGGUAGUAAAUACAAUAUUUUGGGGGGAUUUCUCUCAAGUUCCUUACCUCUGCAGAUUUUUACAAGCCAAAACUCAAAAAACAGUAAUGUUAUUUGAUUUGUUAACUGGCUAUGGUAAUUAGUUGGUGGAUAUUUGUUGUAAAGCUAGGUGCAUUGAAUGCAUUAUCUUUUUGAGAGGCUUUUGUGCUGUAUUCAUUUCUCGUUUUGUUUCACUGUUUUGUUUGUUUUAGUUGUUUUUGUGUGCUGCUUUGAAAGAAAAAACACUGUCUCUCCAACUCCAAAGGUUGUUCUUUUGAAAAGAUGAACAAAACUUGCCUUUUUCACAAAUUGCUCAACUUUAUAAUACAAUAUACUGGUAUCUUGAUUGAAUGCACAGGCUGAGAUCAUUUUAGGAGUAAAAGAAAAGUUUGAUAUGUUUACAAAACGGUAUUACAUGUCAUGAUGUGUUUAUUACAUUUGCCAUGUAAAUAGAAAUUGCUAGGUUAAAAUUGGACUGAAGGUUAGUUUUCUGUUAACAAAAAACAAUGUGUUUUCUCAACUUGUCUUUUCAUUCAACUGGGGAUGUUUCAGAGUUACAUGGAUACAAGUGCACCUCCAAUUUUUGCCUUAGAACUUGCAGAGGCCAUAGUUCACAUUCAAGUGAAGUGAGUGUAUGCAGGGGCCUACGCCCCCCCCAUCCCUGAGUCACACCCAGUGCAGACCUUCUCACACUUAUCUACCUGUGAAAUCCUUCAUACCUCUCAUUACUGGUCAAUGACUGUAUCAGCAAACUUCAUCAGGUGUUUUUUCUACAUGCUUUUUACACAAAUUAUAUGGAUUAUUGUAUUAGUAGAUUUUGGUUCAUUCUUCUAAAUGUAAAGCUCUUAAGCUUGUAGUCACAAAGUAAUUUUUCUCUCGUUUUUCUAGAACAGUUUUUUGUUAAUAUUGUCAAUUUGAAAUAGCUGUUAUUUGUUUAUUCUCUAUUAAGAGUUCUUACUUUUUUCAUUUUGAAAUGCUACACGACCCUAAUGAAUUAAAAUGACUUAUUAACCAUUUUAAACACGGUAUUGUGCAAACCCCAUUUUCAUUCAUUUCAAAUGCUAGUGUUAUAUAAAUGACAUUUUUGUCUAGACACCAUUUCUGUUUAUGAAAUAAAGAAACAUAUCAUGUA